AUGAUUAACAACUAAUAAAAGAAAGUAACAUUUGAGCCAACAUUGCUAAUUUACGACGGUAAUGAAGUCUCUGCCUAAGAAAGGAGAAAUCAGCUCAAUUAAUAGCAACAGUCCCAUCUCACAAACGAUUUAUAUUAAGGUGUUUAAGAUAUUAUUUUCAUGGGUAACCAGUAAGAUCCUUUAGAUGGGUAAAUGUUAGGUCUUGACAAAGACAAUGGUUCAAACUAUAGUAAUGGAAAUAACUAAUAUUUUGUUCAAUAAAAUAUUAACUAUGCAGCUGCAUCAUAAAAUUAUGGGAAAAAGAACUCAUAAAAUAAUAAUGGCGAAAGAUUCAACUCUUAAUCUUCAAAGGCCAAAGCAAACUAAAUAAAGCAAUCUAAAUCCCUAAAUGAUAUGAAUGCACUGAUUAGCAACAAUCCUUUACUCUAGCAAUCAAAUAGCUUUUAAUAUUAGCAGAAUAUUCCUCAAUAACCUUAGUAGCAAGCUCCUUCUAACCCAACUAUUUCUAGAAAUAAUUCAGCAGAAGGUUUAGCAAAGUUGGCUUCUAAUCCUAAUAUACAAAUUUCUAACAUUAAAAGCAAUGUUAAAAAUACUUACAUCAAGAAGAUUUCAUCUUUAAUGAAUGUGGUUCAAUCAAAUGGUGAUUUAUAGAAUAUGGGAAAUGAAAAAAGUGGAAAUAUAAAGCAAGAAAUAAGAGAAAGUGACGAUGAUGGCGAUGGUGAUUCUAAUUCAAAGUCUUUUGACCAGAAAGGAGAUGAUUCUUAGGAAAAUAAAAGAUUAAAAAAGAAUAGAGAGUCCGCAAGAAAUUCAAGACAAAGAAAGAAAAUUUAUAUUGAUUUACUAGAAAAAAAAGUUACUGAGUUAACAAAAGAAAUAGAAGAAGUGUGUGUAUAUAUAGAAAAGAGCCAAUCUGGUAUUUCUAGCAUACUCUCGCACAAUCCAUAUUUAAGGGGAUUAGUUUUGGAAAGAUUAAAUUUCAUAGAAAAAAUUUAAAAAAAUAUUGGUGAACCUAAGCCAAAUGAAGACGAAUUGAAUUUAGUUGUUGAUUCUUUUAGACUAAGACUUGGAGCAACUGGAAGAAUCAGAUAGCAUGCAAUAAAUCUUUUCUUUAAGCACAUGUAUAAAUCGUUCCUAGAGAAUAAUUAUGAAUAUUUCUUAUAUGGAUACGAGCAAAAUUAAGAUGACGAUGAGGAAUUUAAUAGAUGUGUGGAAAUUUUCAAAGACACCAUUGGUUUACCUGAAAAUGAUAAUCAAAUUUAUAGUGCCCUUCCCAUUUUAAAAAAGUUUUUAGAGCAUAGAAAAUCUUUUAAAAAAGCAUUUAGAGAAAUGAAGAACAUCUAGAAAGAAUGGAUUACUAAAACAACCUCAGUUGAGAAUUUAGUAGAUAAAAUCUCUCCUUUAUUAACAGCAACAUAAGUAGGAAAAUUAAUUGACUUUAUUGAUAAGAAAAGACAAUAGCCUGAACUUAAUUCUAUGAAAAGAAAGUACAACUAAAUUACUAGCUAAUAAAUGGCAAGCAGUUUUGCUGGAUAGUUUAACACAGGAAACAGUAGCCACUCUUUAACUGUUAAUAAUUACUAGAGUUUCAACUAAUAAUUAAUGACUCCCUCUUAAAUUUUAUCUGCAAAUAAUGCUUUAGGAAAUACUUAAUCUUAUCAAAAUAAUGGUAACAAUAUAGGAGGUAUUCCAUAAUAUUUGAAGAACAAUUUUCCUAAUCAAGAAUUUGGAGGAAACGAUAAUGGACUAGGCAAUUUAACUGAUGAUCCUGCCCAGAAUUUUUAUAACCAAAUCCAAUUCUAAAAUUACAGAAUGUAUUAACCUGUAUUCUAAAUUUCCUAGCCUUCAUAUUUCCCUAAUUAAAUGUAAAACCCAAAUUAAGCAGCUCAGCCUAAUAAUCCUAUUAACAAUUUAAAUUAAAAUGAUAUUUAAAAUAAUCCUAUGCAUCAUCACCCACAUCAUAUGAAUUAACCAGGAAAUUAACAUUUAUAAAAUCAUCAAAUCUAGCAGCCAAUAGCCCGCGAUAAUACAUUUUUGAAUUAAAAUAAUUAAAAUUAAACAGGCCUAACAUUUUUUGAUAUGAUUCCUUAACAGACUAACGAUGACAGAGAUACAAUUAAGUAACCUAUUGGUAGUCUGAUUUAAAAUAAUGAACAUUAUUUUGUACAAGAUAAUAUCUAAAAAAAGAGAAAACAAUAUUGA